UCAUGAGUGUCGGCGGUAUUUUGAAGCCAGGCCGUUUGAGUUUUUGUUGAUCGAGGAAACAAAACCCGGUGAAACUUGUAAAGAUGGCGGAGGUGAAGUUGAGCGGACUGCCUGGAGUUGAGCUGUCUGAGGCUGCUCAGGCCGAGCUGCUGAACCAGUGCGAAGAGCAGUUUGCACACUUAGAAAAGCUUCAUAAUGAGAUCAUCCUGUGUGAACCAGAUUUAUGUGAAAACCCACAAGAGCAGUCAGUAAACACUCUGAUGGCAACAGAAGCUGAGCUGAAGCAGUGGCUGACGACGGAGCCCACGUUGCUGGCAGUAAAUUCAGAGAUUUUACUCCGAGCUGGGAAAGAAGAGAUGCUGAAGCUGUGCUCUGAACUUGAGAUGAUUGUGUCGUGUUAUGAAGCAAUGAGAGACAAACUCAGAGACAGUAAAAAGCUUGAGCAGAAGUGGCUCGAAGAGAAGAAGCAGGUGAUGGUUGCUGCCAGUGAUCAUGUUGAACGACUCCAAGCGCAGAGAGAGAAGCUGUCCGAGCUGAGUGUCCUGCAGGAAACCAAGGACAAAAUUGAGAAGCUGAAAGUCUACCAAGAAAGACUGAUGGAGUCUCUGGGAGACAUCUUGGAGAAGCAUAUUCCUCUUCCUCAGAAGGAGUCCACUUCAAACAAGAAGAAGAAGGUUUCUGCAGCAGAGUUCAACAAAGACCUGAUAUCAAUAAAUGAAAUCCUGGAGAUGCUCAUGAACCAGUUCCUGAAUGCACCACACGACCCUUAUGUGACCAUAGACGCAGCCUUCUGGCCGCCGUAUGUGGAAAUGCUGCUACGUUACGGCAUUGCAGUCAGACAUCCAGAGAACAGUUUCAAAAUCCGCCUGGAGACCUUUUUUUAAAUUCUUCUAAGCCAAACUUUUAAGUACUUUGAGACUGUCCCCCUACACUGGCCAAGUCCAACCAGUGAUUGCUGUUAUUACUGCCUUUUACUUUAAUGGAGACUAACUGCCUUUGAUUUUGGAGAUGAUCUGGAUCUUCUGGUUUACAUGUUGAUUAUUGAUUAUGUUUUGGUGAAACAGUGCCCCCACUGGCAUUUGAGGACAAG